AACGCGAUGGGCGUCUUAAACUUCGCCUUCAUAUCCAAUUUUCCUUCCAAAACACUGCACAAACAUACUGCACUGUUGUUCACCCUGACCGGACUAACGUCAAAGAGUGCGAGAAAUAUAGGACAGUAUGGCAUCCAUUCCAGCUGAAGAGAAUACACAGCGCAGCCCCCAGUUGCUGUUGGUGGGAGAAAAGGAUAAGAAACGUCUUCUAGAAGCUUAUGUCACACGAAGUUUAAGCCUCAACGAUGGAACACAAGGUUCGAGACCACAGCAUAAAUCACGCAAAUGGAUCACCAUAGCGGAGCAGAAGAAAAGGGACUGCAAACAUUCCAGUGAUACAUCCCUUAUCUUGAGUUCACAGACCUCCAAUACAGUGGAAGACCUUAGGAUAUUCGAGUCCAUCCCCGAACCAGAGGUGGACAAAAAUGUUGAGAUGUCGUCUGAGAAGAAAUCCAAAAAGUGGAAGAUUAAAGGCAGUCUGCAUCGCAAUGAUGGCUCCAAUGCGUCGCAAAAGUCCAACGGCAAGCCCAAGAAGUGGUUUCAACAUUUGGAUAAGGACAAGGAGGAGGGUGGGAGAACAACAGAGGUUUUACACCCCCAAGCAAAAACAAAUAAUGUUGGCGAUGUUCGUACAAAGUUGUCAGACAAACUGGAGUCUUCUACCGAGAAGAAGAAGGAUAAAGAAAGCAAGAGGAUGAAGAAUCCCUCACUAUGGAAGAACUUCUUGGGUUUAUUCUUUGGAGGAAAUGUUGAAAAGGAACAAGAUCAUCACAGAGUUAAAGAAGCUCUCCCUCCGUCAGGAUCCUCAACACCCCAAAUGUCUUGUUUACCUCUACCUGAGGCCUUAUCAAAUGGAGAAGUUGGCAUACGUCGUUCCAAAUCUUCGAAGAAGAAACAGUCCCUCAAGAGAUCAAUAAAAUUGAGGCGAGGUGGAGAUAUGUCUAUGGCUAAAUCUGUUGAGAUGGUGGAACCAGUUAGCUCCUACUACGAGAAAAUGUCAGAGGAACUGGAGAAGAUUGUGCAUGAAGUGAAAGACGAUGGCAAUCCCAGUACUAAACCAACAGUCAAGAAUGGUGUAAAUAUUUCACAAGAAGAGGCAAUCAAAAGGAUCACAGAACUGAUAAAACAGGAAGGGGACUUAAUAGAUAAUAAGCUGAAGGAAAACUGCUCUGUGAGCUCUUUUCUGGAAAGUUCAUUUUCCUAUAGAUCCUUCCAGCAAAUGGCAGACCAGUAUGUCCAGUCAGAAGUUCCAAAUAAGAAAAUCCUCCCGACCGUCGUUGCACCAGAACUAGUGAAGUUUGCCUUCACGCUGGACUUCACAGCCAGAGUGGCCAUUCUCCAUCGGCAAUCAACAGGCCAUAUCAUGGGCUUAGGGAACCAGUAUCUCCAAGAUCGCUUUACUCACAUGAGUGAAAGCCAUCCACAUCUUACUGACAUUAAAGCAGAGGAACAGAUAACAGUGAACUAUGACCAAGACUUCUUAAGCUUAUAGAAGUUUAAGAGUCUAGGUAAAAUCAUUUUGCUGCUUGGUACACCUUUGAAAUGUAGCGACACAGAAACAGUGUGAACUUUUAAAACUUAUACCACCAAGUUAAAGCCAUUAUGAAGGAUUUUAAAAUAGUAUCACAUACAAGAAAUUGACAAUAUUUAUGAACAAAUAGAAGCCACCAGCAAGAGUCGGAAGUUGUCCACUUAUAAGCCUUAGUGUGUAUCUUACUGUUGUAGAUUUAUGCAAUUUUUACAUAAAUAUAUAUAUUAAGCUACAGUGAUGUGAAUUUAACAUUAUGUUCACAAAAUAUGCAAAAUAGUUUUCUGUUUAUAUUUUAUUUAUUUUAAUUGAUUUAUUAAAACUAUAUUGCAGCAAAAUAUUGUAAGCUUAAUAAGCUCAUAUAUGUUUUUGAUAUGUUAUAAAAGUAAAGUCUUUUUGA